UCGUAAAGUGUGACAGCGUGGGACGGGGAGGUCAUUGGAAAGUAAAGAGAAGGGGGUCUGGGCAAGCUUUGGGGCGGAAUCAACGAGUAAUUCUUAAUUUGGCCGCUUUAAGGGUUGACAUUAAUUGCAGCCUUUUUAACAUAGCCUCUAAAGCUUGUAAGAGUUGUUCGACGGGAGUAUAAGGACGUUUUGUGCAAGGGUAUUAGCUUACUAGCUAACCAAACUAGCCAAAAUGCUGCGCUUAGUUGUACGUAUGAGACAGUCAUCUGCUAGUCUCACCCGGUCUUGUAACUCUCUGGGACUACGAUCGGAACCAGGCCCAUGUCAUCUGAAGAGAUAUCACCACAACAGAGGGCAAUGUCGCAUCCGGCCACUGAGUCGAGCCACCGGGCUACAGAUGCAGUUUAGCAAAGGUCGCGUCUUGCAUGGCAACCAAAUUGUUAGCAGCUAUCACCAGAGUCUACGCUUCUAUAGUCUUCCUCCCCAUCAAAAGGUGGAGUUGCCUGCCCUGUCUCCCACCAUGCAGGCGGGCACCAUUGCACGCUGGGAAAAGAAAGAGGGAGAGAAGAUCGGCGAGGGAGAACUGAUUGCUGAGGUGGAGACGGACAAGGCUACAGUGGGCUUUGAGAUGAUGGAGGAGUGUUACCUGGCCAAGAUCCUCGUCCCAGAGGGUACCAGGGAUGUGCCCAUCGGAUCGGUCAUCUGCAUCACCGUCGACAGUGCUGACCAGGUGGCUGCGUUUAAGGACUACACUCUGGAGAUGGCCACUGCUGCGGCCCCCGCAGCUGCCCCGUCCGCUCCUGCCCCCGCCGCCCCCCCAGCAGCUCCAGGAAGCUCCUACCCCGCUCACCUGAAGAUCCUGCUGCCGGCGCUGUCCCCCACCAUGACCAUGGGCACAGUGCAGCGCUGGGAGAAGAAAGUGGGAGAGAAGCUCAGCGAAGGAGACCUGCUGGCUGAGAUCGAGACUGACAAGGCCACCAUAGGUUUUGAGGUGCAGGAGGAGGGUUACCUGGCGAAGAUCAUGAUUGAUGAGGGCACUCGAGACGUUCCACUGGGCACGCCCCUCUGCAUCAUCGUGGAGAACGAGGCCGACAUCAAAGCCUUCGCCGACUACGUGGAGACCGGCAUCGCUGCUCCUCCACCACUGGCUCCCGCACCCACAGCGGCGGCUCCUGCCCCCGCGGCUGCUCCUCCCUCUCCCGCCCCCACCCCUGCUGCCCCCGUCAAGAAGGGCGGCCGCGUGUUUGCCAGCCCCCUGGCCAAGAAGCUGGCAGCGGAGAAGGGCAUCGACCUGGCACAGGUGGCAGGUUCUGGCCCUGAUGGAAGAGUCACCAAGAAGGACAUUGACAGCUUUGUGCCACCCAAGGCUGUUCCUGCUGCUGCUCCUGCUGCUCCGGCCCCUGCUGCUGCUGCUGCUGCUCCCACUCCAGCGGCUCCUGCUGCUGCCCCCGCAGGAACCUACACAGAUAUCCCCAUCAGCAACGUCCGCAAGGUGAUUGCCCAGAGGCUGCUCCAGUCCAAGCAGACCAUCCCUCACUAUUACCUCUCUGUGGAUGUCAACAUGGAGCAGGUGAUAGAACUCAGGAAGGAGCUGAACCUGGAGGUUAAGGCUGACAACAUCAAGCUGUCUGUGAAUGAUUUCAUCAUCAAGGCUUCAGCUCUGGCCUGCCUGAAGGUGCCCGAGGCCAACUCCUCCUGGAUGGACACCGUCAUCAGACAGAACCACGUGGUGGACGUUAGCGUAGCAGUUAGCACUCCCAACGGCCUUAUCACUCCCAUAGUGUUCAACGCACACAUCAAAGGGCUGGCUGGCAUCAGCAAAGAUGUCAGCUCUCUGGCCGCCAAAGCUCGCGAUGGCAAACUCCAGCCACAUGAGUUCCAGGGGGGUACGUUCACCAUCUCCAACUUGGGCAUGUUCGGCGUCAAGAACUUCUCAGCCAUCAUCAACCCCCCCCAGGCCUGCAUCCUGGCAGUGGGUGGAUCGGAGAAGAGGCUGCUCCCCGCUGACAACGAGAAAGGGUUCGACGUAGCCAGCAUGAUGUCCGUCACGCUCAGCUGUGACCACCGGGUCGUAGACGGAGCCGUGGGCGCUCAGUGGCUCGCAGAGUUCCGCAAGUUCAUGGAGCGGCCGGUCACCAUGCUGCUGUAACCUCUCAACUCUGACCCCGAGCGACCUCUGCCCCCUGACCCUCGACCCCUCUCAUAGACUCUCUCUCUCUCUCUCGGGCAGAGCCGCUCGAUGCCGCCGCAAGGACAGACACUUCCUAGCCAACGCGCCACAUCAGUGUUGUCCACCCACACAAACGCACACAAACGCACACACACACACACACUCCCAUCCGGUACACACGUCAUCUCAAAACUACAAACACACUCUCUCAAAAAACGCCACACUUGAAACGCCAGAGCCCCACAUCUAGCAGUGGGAAGGGAGGGGUUUUGGGUUCAUCCUGGGGGGGGGGUUGUGCUGCCACCCCCUUCACCCGUAGUCAGUCUGAAAGUUAAGGUCAAGUAGAGCUAGUACUGCAGCCCCAUCUCUGAUGCCCUGCACGUCUUCUGUCUCUGUUGUGUUUGAAGUCUGUCUGAGAUUCGAUCGAUGGAGGCUCAUGGCAGUAAGGAGUGAGCUCCCGCUCAGCCACGCCAUGUGAAUGAGAUCGAGGGGGGGAAGGGAGAAGUGUUACUGGAGGUGGAUUCUGAUCACAAAACAUUUUUUUUUGUUCCUGUUUUUUUUUCUCUCUCUUUGAAUAUCUCACGCUUUGCUGUUGUUGGUAGCCCAGAGACGGCUCACUGUACAUAUGAAGCAGGAGUUUGUAGUUGAUUUAACAUCAUACAUACGCCCCUCUUUUCGUUCACACUUGGCCAGGUGGCUCGACCCCACAUCUGCCAGGAGCACUCCACGUCACUCCGCAGAAUGUAAACACCCGACACACACACACACACACACACACACCUCCUGCAGGGGCGCAGCACUUUCUAACCGUUGUGGGAGUGGUUAUUCCUUCAAUGCUGGCAAAUUAUCCUGUUAUUUAUUUUUGACCGCAUCGUUUGGAUGUUGUCUUAAGGGGAAUGUGGACUUUUAAAAGGAACCAUUUUGUUGUGUUUGAAAAAAAACUUUAUUUGAAAAAUCAUUGGGACAUGCCUUGAAUUAAUGUUAUUCUAUUAUUACAAGAUUUCAACUCUAUCCCCCCAAAAAGUCAUUUUAAUGAAAGGGAACUGGGAGGACUGCGUUAUGACAUGAAAUAAAUUCUCUGUGACUUUCACCUCAGGGAUUUCUUUGCAGACACAAACUGAAACACUUCACAUUUUAGGACAGUGUACACAAGGGGAGCAUAGAGUAGUUAAACUCACCAUAUGUGUUUAUAUAAUAAUAACAAUAAUAACAACCCUAUGAUCUAAACCUCACAACCCCUUUGACCACUUCCUGUCUAAGGGUAGAAGGUGUUGCCUCUCCAAUACUGCCAAAGCUAUAAGACCACAAUGUAAAUACAAUGGCAUCAUUUCACAUAUGUUCUAAAUGUUAUUUAAUUAGAAGACUCAACAAGAUUAACCCCUGAAACGGUGGGUAACACAAACAGAGUUCAGUGUCAGGAAAGCCAAGAAAAGCGUGUACAAAGCCAAGAGACUUAAUUGUGCUCUGUGUGUUUUGGGUUUGGGGCCAUAAACACACACACACAAACACACCCACAUACACACACUGAGGUGGUGCUUACAUCAGGCACCUGUAAACAGUACUGCUUAUAUUAAGCCCUCCAGUGUGUCUGUGUGUGUGUCUGUGUGUGUCUGUACACAUAGCCUGCCCCUAUUGUGUCAUCUGUACGUGGGACCUGUAUGUUAAUAUAUGAAGACUGUGGGCUUCACCUCUG